UGGUUUGCGUCUGUAACUCCGUAUAGCUUUGUUUUGAAUCUCUUACUUUUAUUCAUUGUUGCUUAUUUUUUUAUUACCGUAUAUGUAAUAUUGCCUACCACACUAAUCUGACGUCGCUAGCUUGUAAUAUUUGAAUCUAAAUCGCUGUUACAACGCAUUUGCAUUUGCAGCGCUAGCUUGUCAACUUGUUAACAGUCGCUCGCGCGCUCCUUUUUCAACGCGUUCUUCAAACAGCUGUGGUAAGUCGGAUCAGUCUACAAACACGGUGAGUCAUGUCAUCCUCUCCCAGCAUUGCUACCUGUUCCAUUUGCCACAUGUUUACCAUAGCUCUCUCUGUCAGUGAUGAGGGAUUUACAUGUCAUAAAUGUAGGGAAAUAGUCAGGCUGACAGAGAGAAUCUCAGAAUUAGAGACACGCAUCCAAACUUUAAUCGAGGAUAGUAAGAAUGCAAGGGCUUCAGAUACUGUUUUGGAUGCGACUAGCUUAGUGAACUCUGUACAUUGUUUGGUUCCGGCUGUAGAGCCCGUGCAGCAGGGCACUUGGGUAACGGUGAGGCGGCCUAGCCGCGAAAAACACCACUCUUCCGUUCCAAUAAGAACAUCAAACAGGUUCUCCCCACUCAGUGAUACACCCACUGAGAAUCCUGUUGAAAGUGCCCUAGUUAUUGGCGAUUCUAUUACACGGAACGUGAAAAUAGAGACACCAGCCACCAUAGUCACAUGUUUGCCGGGAGCCAGAGCACCUGACAUCAAAGCAAAUUUAAAAGUGCUGGCUAAUGCUAAUCGUAAAUACUCUAAGAUUAUUAUUCACGUCGGCACUAAUGAUGUUCGACUUCGCCAGUCGGAGAUCACUAAAAUUAACAUUAAAGAGGUGUGUGAACUCGCAAGUACAAUGUCAGGAGAAGUAAUUUGCUCUGGCCCCCUUCCUGUUCGUCGGAGUGAUGAGAUAGUUAGCAGAUUAUCAUCACUCAAUGGCUGGCUGUCUAAGUGGUGUCCGCAAAAUAAUAUAGGUUUCAUAGAUAAUUGGAAAAGUUUUUGGGGCAGACCUGACCUGUUAAAAAGAGAUGGUAUUCAUCCCUCCCGGGAUGGUGCUGCUCUUCUCUCUAGUAAUAUGGCACAUAGUCUUAGAACUGAAACAUGACAAACUGGGGCCCAGGUCAGAAAGCAGCAGACAAACUGGCUAAACCGACCGUCUGCUAGCUGCCUCACGUUACAGAAGUCAGAAAAUUCAGAUAACUCUCAACACAUAGAAACUCUUACACCUAGAUAUUUUCAAAUAGAGACUGUGUCUGUACCCCGAAUUAGUAAAAACAAAAAACUUCCAAACCCAUUUAAUGGUAAAAAUUUAAUUGAUGUUCAACAAAUAAAAAAUAGAGAUAAUAAUGCUAAACAAAUGAUAAAACUCGGGUUGUUAAAUAUUAGAUCCCUUUCUUCAAAAUCACUUAUUGUUAAUGAUAUUAUCAAAGAUAAUAAUCUAGAUGUGCUGUGUUUGACAGAAACUUGGCUAAAACCGGACGAUUACAUUACUUUAAAUGAGUCUAGUCCUCAAGGUUAUGAUUAUCGACACAAUGCCCGUCAGAAAGGCAAAGGGGGAGGUGUUGCUGUAAUCUAUAGUAAUAUUUACAGUAUUAGUCAGAAGUCUUUCAAAUAUAAUUCCUUCGAAACUAUGGUACUUUACGUAACAUUAUGUAAGUUGACAUUUGUGCUGGCUACUGUAUACAGGCCACCAGGACACAAUACAGACUUUAUCAAAGAAUUUGCUGACUUUCUAUCAGAGUUAGUACUAGCUGUAGGUAAAGUCCUUGUUGUUGGUGAUUUUAAUAUUCAUGUAGAUAAUAAAAAAGACGCAUUAGGAUUGGCAUUUGCAGAUAUUCUAAACUCUAUUGGUGUUAGACAACAUGUGUCAGGACCCACUCAUUGUCAUAAUCAUACUUUAGAUCUAAUAUUGUCACAUGGAAUCGAUAUUGAUGCUGUUGAAAUUCUGCAGCAGAGUGACGACAUCUCAGAUCAUUAUCUAGUCUUGUGUAUACUACAUUUAGUCAAGGCGGCUAAACUGCCUCCAUGCCAUAAAUAUGGUAGAACCAUCACUUCUACCACUAAAGAUUGCUUUAUAAAUAAUCUUCCUGAUCAUUUUCAUCGCCUUAGCAUACCAGACAGCUUAGAAGACCUCGAUGUUGCAACAGAAACUAUUGCCUCUGUCUUUUCCAGCACAUUAGACUCAGUUGCUCCUUUGCGUUUAAAAAAGAUUAAGGAAAUUAAUCCAAUGCCAUGGUACAAUGACCACACUCGGGCCCUAAAGUUAGCAGCCAGAAAAAUGGAGCGCAGCUGGAAGAAAUCAAAACUAGAAGUAUUUCGUAUUUCGUGGAGAGAGAGAAUGAUUGAGUACAGAAAGGCCUUAAAAUCUGCUAGAUCUGCCUAUUUUUCAAAACUCUUAGAAGAAAAUAAACACAACCCUAGGUAUUUAUUUGAUACAGUGGCUAAAUUAACAAGAAAUAAAGCUUCAACUUCUGAUGUUUCCAAAGAGCACAGCAGUAAUGACUUUAUGAACUUCUUUACUUGCAAGAUUGAUAAUAUUAGAGAAAAAAUAAUAACCAUGCAACCGUCUACUACAGUAUCGUGUCAGAUAGUGCAUUGUAGUGUCCCUGAGGAAAAAUUCAAUUCAUUUACUGCUUUAGGAGAGGAAGAAUUGUCUAAACUUGUUAAAUCAUCAAAAUCAACAACAUGUAUGUUAGACCCUAUACCGACUAAGCUAUUGAAAGAAAUGCUUCCAGAGGUCAUAGACCCUCUUCUCAAUAUCGUCAAUUCAUCUUUAUCAUUAGGAUACGUACCAAAAACUUUUAAGCUGGCUAUUAUUAAACCUCUUAUUAAAAAAACCACAACUUGAUCCUAGAGAAUUAGUCAAUUACAGGCCGAUCUCAAAUCUCACUUUUCUGUCAAAAAUACUAGAAAAGGCAGUAUCAUCACAGCUAUGUUCCUUUUUAGAAAGAAAUGGUAUCUGUGAGGAUUUCCAGUCAGGAUUUAGACCGUACCAUAGUACUGAGACUGCUCUCAUUAGAGUUACUAAUGAUUUGCUCUUAUCAUCAGAUCGUGGUUGUAUCUCUCUAUUAGUGUUACUGGAUCUUAGUGCAGCAUUUGACACUAUUGAUCACAAUAUUCUUUUAAAUAGACUCGAAAAUUAUGUUGGCAUUAGUGGAAUUGCAUUGUCAUGGUUCAAAUCAUACUUAUCUGACCGUUAUCAGUUUGUAGUAGUAAACGAAGACAUGUCAUAUCGAUCACAAGUUCAAUAUGGAGUACCACAAGGCUCAGUACUAGGACCGUUACUGUUCACUCUGUACAUGCUACCCUUGGGAGAUAUCAUUAGGAAGCAUGGCGUUAGUUUUCACUGUUACGCUGAUGAUACUCAGCUCUAUAUUUCUUCGCGCCCUGACGAAACUUACCAAUUCACAAAAUUAACGGAGUGCAUAGCUGAUAUAAAAAAUUGGAUGACCAGUAAUUUCCUACUACUAAAUUCAGAAAAAACAGAGAUUCUAAUUUUUGGACCAAAAACUUCUUCACGUAAUAACCUAGAAUAUUGUCUAACACUUGAUGGCUGCUCUGUUAAGUCUUCGUCGUCAGUUAGGAACCUAGGUGUGCUCUUUGAUACCAAUCUUUCAUUUGAAGGCCAUGUUACUAGCAUCUGUAAAACCGCAUUCUUCCAUCUUAAAAAUAUAUCUAAACUACGACAUAUGCUCUCAAUGAAAAAUGCAGAACAGUUAGUUCAUGCGUUCAUGACCUCAAGGCUAGAUUACUGUAACGCUCUACUGGGUGGUUGUUCUGCUCGCCUGAUAAAUAAACUACAGCUCAUACAAAAUGCAGCAGCUAGAGUUCUUACUAGAACCAGGAAGUAUGACCAUAUUAGCCCAGUUCUGUCAACACUGCAUUGGCUUCCUGUUAAACAUCGUAUAGAUUUUAAAAUCUUGCUAAUUACUUACAAAGCACUAAAUGGUUUAGCUCCCCAGUACCUGAGCGAGCUCCUAAUUCAUUAUAGUCCUUCACGUCUAUUGCGAUCUCAGAAUUCAGGCCAGCUGAUAAUACCUAGAAUAUCAAAAUCAACUGCAGGUGGUAGAUCCUUCUCCUAUUUGGCACCUAAACUCUGGAACAAUCUUCCUAGCAUUGUUCGGGAAGCAGACACACUCUGUCAGUUUAAAUCUAGACUAAAAACGCAUCUCUUUAACCUGGCAUACACAUAACACAUUACCAAUUUAUAUUUCCAAAUCCGUUAAAGGAUUAUUAGGCUGCAUAAAUUAGGUCAGCCGGAACCGGGAACACUUCCUAUAACACCUGAUGUACUCGUUACAUCAGAAGAAGAAUGGCAUCUACGCUAAUAUUAGUCUUUCUGUUUAUCCCGAGGUUCACCGUAGUCAACCGGAUCCGGGCCGUAUCCAGGUGAGACCAAGGACCUGCACCUUGACACGACCACAACGCAGCCCUGAAGUAUCAGCAGAGAUUGAGUCAACUAGAUCAUCCCCUGUGAAGGCCUCAUCGACACGACAGCCACGACACAGUUCCUCAACAACCGUCCAUACCGGCGUGAUGAAUACGAUCCUCAAUUGGAUGGAACUGAAAUAAAUACUUUUAAUGUUGCGAUCCUAUUGGACUUAUGAUAGCAACCUGAAUUGUAACAAAGCACUGUUGGCCAGAGGAGAACUGGCACCCCGACUAAGCCUGGUUUCUCCCAAGGUUUUUUUCUCCAUUUUAACACCAAUUUGCCACUUGUCUGCCACCUGAUGUCACCUGAUGGAGUUUGGGUUCCUUGCCGCUGUCGCCUCUGGCUUGCUUAGUUGGGGACACUUGACUUGACAUUUUGAUAUUCAACAGUGCUUUUGAUCUGCCUGCAUUGACACUAUUCUUUAAGAGCUGCUGUGCAGUCAAACAAUGUACCAGUUAUCAAUGUAAAGCUGCUUUGACACAAUCUACAUUGUAAAAAGCGCUAUAUAAAUAAAGGUGACUUGACUUGA